AUGUUUUUGCUCAUCUUUCUCUUUGCUUUACCAUUUUCACUAUGUAUAAGAUUGAGAGCAGGUCUCCAAUCAAAUAGUUUGAAUGUGAUGGACUAUGGUGCUGUUGGGGAUGGCCAAACUGAUGAUUCUCCUGCCUUUCUAAAAGCAUGGGGAGAUUUAUGUGGAGCAAGUGAAGGCACCGCAACCUUGAACAUACCAAAGGAGAAAACGUUUUUGUUGAAGCCUCUGACAUUUUCUGGUCCUUGCAAUAGUAGUAACAUAAACUUUCAGAUUGAAGGGAAACUUGUUGCACCUAACAUGGGAUCGUGGUCCGGAGACAAGAGUAUGUGGAUUAGUUUUGAUCAUGUAGAAGGUCUUGUUGUCAAUGGAGGAGGAAGUAUCGAUGGCCAAGGUUCUGCUUGGUGGAACGCUUGCGGGAACGAGGCUCUCCAUUUCAACCAAUGCCACGGUCUCCAUCUGAGUGAUCUGUCACAUUUGGAUAGCCCAAAAAAUCAUAUCAGCCUAAAGAGCUGCAAUAAUGUCCAUAUAGUCAAUCUCCAUGUUACUGCCCCUAAAGAAAGUCCCAACACAGAUGGCAUAGACAUCUCUGAGUCAGCUGACAUUCAUAUAGAUGAUUCUGUCAUGGCAACCGGUGAUGACUGCAUUGGUAUCAAUAAUGGUUCGUCUUAUAUCAACAUUAAGGGUAUUACUUGUGGACCGGGUCAUGGUAUAAGCGUUGGAAGUCUGGGAGGGAAUGGAGCUUAUAAUACAGUAGAAAAUGUUUAUGUAUUCAAUUGCACCUUUAAGGGAACUCAGAAUGGAGCAAGGAUUAAGACAAGCCAGGGUGGAUCAGGAUAUGCAAGAAAUAUCACAUUUGAGAAGAUCAUAGUGGAAGACUGUGAAAACCCUAUUAUAAUUGAUCAGCAAUAUGAUGCAUCUGUCGAAAGCAAUAAGGAAAGUGCAGUGGAAAUAAGCGAAGUGACAUACAAGGAUGUGCAUGGAAGCUCAGCAGAUGAGAAAGCCAUUCAUUUGCAAUGCUGUGAGAGCGUAGGAUGCACCAGCAUCACACUAGAUCAAAUCAACAUUACUUCCUCGGAUGCAGGAAAGCAAACUUAUUCUGUCUGCAACAACGUCCAGGGAACUGCCACAGCCACCAAUCCUAAUGUGCCAUGUCUUAAAGAAGGGACCUCGACCGCGGAACCACCUAUAGGCUUUCCUUUCUAGAAUAUUAAGGAUUGUUUUAGUAGAUCUUCUUUUCUUUGUUGAGCACAUAUCUCCCACAAGGGUUAAUUAGCUUG